UGGAACUUCAGUCUCUCUUGACUCUCCGGCCACAGGCAUCCACUGGACCACAGGGGACGACUUUCAGGGAGGAGAUUUACGUAUUGAGCAGAAAUCAUGAAGUGCAAGUGCGCGGUACUCUUGGUACUGUUCCUGGUCGGCGAGUCCCUUGGGACGGGACUCCUCCUCCCCGGCCAUGGACACAGCCUCCUGGACCCGCUGGGCAUCUUCAGUCACAGGAAGACCGACGCGCAGGCGUCCAGCAGCGCUAAGAACAUCGGAACCAACUUCAAACUCGGCCCAUUGUCCAUCGGAGGAAGCCUCUCGGCUUCCUCUUCGCAGGCUAACGCGAACGGUGGUUCGGCAAGUGCAAAUGCAAAUGCUAAUGCAAAUGCCCAAGCUGGUGGUUAUGGUGGAUCCAACGCGAACGCGAACGCUCAGGCCAGUGCAAACGCGAAUGCUGGUGCUCAAGGAUACCCCCAGGGCGGCUAUGGAGGAUCGACCGGAUUCGGUAAUGGUUACGGAAACGGAAACGCAAACGCAAACGCAAAUGCUCAAGCUAACGCAAACGCAAACGCCGGGGCGAGCGGGAAUUUAAACGUGUACCCCGGGUACCAGCAACCUGUGUACACAGGUGGUAAUGGUAAUGGUAACGGUUACGGUGGAUCGCAGUCGAACGCGAACGCGAACGCGAACGCUAACGCUAACGCAGGAGCGAACAGCCAGGGCACGGUUGGCUAUCCCUCGGGAUACCCAGCAGGACAAGUCGGAAAUUAUCCCCAGAAUGGAGGAUACGGAGGAUCCAACGCCGGGGCCAACGCCAACGCUAACGCGAACGCAGGCGCAGGCGCAGGUGCAGGUGCAGGUGCUAACGCCGGCGCCAACGCCAACGCAGGUGCCAACGGGGGAGGAUUCCCCACGUUCGGAGGACAGGUUGGCGGAUCUCAUUCUGGGAACGCAGGUGCGAAUGCAGGUGGGACAAUCCUAGUGAACACGGGCUACGGUCAUGGCCACGGACACGGACAUGGAAACGGCCAGGGACAAUCCGGAUCUUAUGGUCAGGGACAGUCUGGAUCUUAUGGGCAGAGCCAGUCCGGGUCCUAUGGUCAUGGUCAGAACCAGGGUGGACAGCAGCAAGGCGGGAACCCGUUCUUAACUGGUGGUAGCGGAUCUGCCAAUGCCAAUGCCAAUGCUAAUGCCCAGGCCAACGUUAACACCCAAGGACAAACCGGGGGUUCCUAUCCCUCUGGACCCAUCUACGGUUCCCAGACCGGAAGUCAAGCCAACUCUAACUCUAACGCCAACGUCAACGUUCAGGGUCAAACUGCAGGUUCCUAUCCCACGGGACCCAACUAUGGUUCUCAGACCGGAAGUCAAGCCAACGCAAACGCCAACGCCAACGCCAACGCGAACGUCCAAGGCCAAGUCGGGGGUCAAAACCCUUUCUUGCAUGGUCAGAGCCCGAGCAAGGUUCCCUCUGGACCGGUUAACCAGCCGAUCUAUGGAGGAGUUCAAGGAGGAGGUUCCGCAGGUGCUAACGCCAACGCCAACGCCAAUGCCAACGCCGGGGCCAAUGCCGGAGGAUUCGGAGGUCAGCAAGGUGGAUAUCAGGGAGGUCAGCAAGGUGGAUACCAGGGUGGACACCAAGGCGGUCAGCAGGGUCAAGGCACCGGAUCCAUCUCCAUCAACCAUGGGUUCCACGGCUCCAAGGGCGGCAUUUCAAUCAACGGCGAACAGGGUAUCUCCAUGACCAUUCCUGGUCAAGGUUCCGUCGGCUCCCACUCUGGAGGAUACGGAGGCAGCAAUGGGAACGGCGGCGUUAACGCUGGAGCCAAUGCUGGAGCUAAUGCCAACGUGAACGCCGGGGGCUCUUCCAAUGGAGGGUACCAGGUGACCGAGGUCCCUGUUCUGGUUCCUUCUGGGGGACAGGGAGGAAAUGCCAAUGCUGGAGCCAAUGCUGGCGCUAAUGCCGGUGCCAAUGCUGGAGCCAACUCUGGAGCCAAUGGCGGCCUCAGUGGUGGGUUCAACGGUGGAUUUAACGGCGGUCUCGGCAUUGGUGGACACGUUGGCGGACACGGUGGUUCCAAUGCUGGAGCCAACUCUGGAGCCAACUCUGGAGCCAAUGCUGGAGCCAACUCUGGAGCCAACUCUGGAGCCAAUGGCGGCCUUAGUGGUGGAUUCAACGGCGGUCUCGGCAUUGGUGGACACGGUGGUUCCAAUGCCGGAGCCAACUCUGGUGCCAACUCUGGUGCCAAUGCUGGAGCCAACUCUGGAGCCAAUGGCGGUCACAGUGGUGGAUUCAACGGUGGAUUUAGCGGCGGUCUCGGCAUUGGUGGACACGGUGGCUCCAAUGCUGGUGGGAACGCUGGGGCCAACUCUGGAGCCACUGCUGGAGCCAAUGCUGGAGCCAAUGCUGGAGCCAGCUCUGGAGCCAAUGGCGGCCUUAGUGGUGGAUUCAACGGUGGAUUCAACGGCGGUCUCGGCAUUGGUGGACACGGUGGUUCCAAUGCUGGAGCCAACUCUGGUGCCAACUCUGGAGCCAAUGCUGGUGCCAACUCCGGAGCCAACUCUGGAGCCAACUCUGGACUCGGCGAUCUUCUAGGUCUAGGUCAAGCCUCCGGCGGCCACAAUGGCCAUCUUGGCUUUGGCCAAGGCUCAAGCUCCUCCAACGCCCAGUCUUCGGCAUCGGCUUCGGCUUCUGCAUCCGCCAGCGCCAACGCCAAUGCCGAGUCGGCCGGCACUCUUUCCAACUCCAUCGCUGAUUCCUCGGCCUCCGGAAAUGGCGCCUCCGCCUCCAGCUCCAGCAAGGCUAGCAGCAACAGCUUUGGAUUCGGCUCGGCCAACGCCAAUGCCCAAGCUUCUAGUCAAGCCUCUAGCAACGGCUACUCCGGAGUCAACCUGGGCUCCAAGAGCUCCGCAUCCAGCGAGGCUGCUGCCAGCACUCGCGAUAUGCUCAUCUUCAGCAACUAGACACGCCUCGAAGAGAGACAACCCUCAGACUGCUUCCCAUGCUAAGACGCUUCGUAGGGAUCUUGCUCUACGGCAGGGCUAAGGAUAAUACUCGUUACCAGAUCACUCGCUGGCGAUUGGCCUGGUCGAUCGACUAUCGAUCGGUCAUCGAUCGCGCCCUCGGUGUACAUAGUUACGUGCGCGUCCCCCCAGACCCUCCGCGAACUCCCUUUAAUAAAUCUGGUGCAGUUGCAAUUCGCGUUCGUAUUUCCUACGGUUGUACCCUGAAGUUCACGCGAUGAGCGAAAUCGGUCUUGCUCUUGGUCUUCGAUACGUGGAAGGGUUAUGCAGGAUUGAGAUCGAUUUUUUGGAGGGAGAGAAACAAUGGGGACCAUUUCGGGAACCUCUUCAGGAUCGUCCUUGUGAUCCGGCGCGAUCGGUUUCGCACGAUCGGCGAUUAUUGGCUCCGCUGGAAAUUUUUUCAUUGUUCUUUUUUUUUUUUCUCGGGAACUCCGACUUCUCGCUGUCGCCCAUCCGACUCGACUUCGAACAGCCAUUAUGUAAUAUACGUUGAUGAUGUAGAACUCUGGAUAGCGUCUACGGUGACGCGGGACAGGAGCGACAGGGCGAUGAAUAAAGUGGCGCCUAUUGACGCGCUUAUGCUUUUUUA